UUGUGGGGCUGAUUCUGAAAAGAUGAGUUUGAAUUUGGAGGCUUACUUCCGGUCAGUUUUCGAAGAACGACUCAAAUUAAAUAAGGUCGCGCAGAAGGAUUUGGCGGAUUCGAGUACAAGCGUAAUGAAACUUGUGGAGGCGCGCGAGGAGUGCGCGAGUGUGACCUGUGCUCUGGAAUCUCAGAAGGAGGAGCUGCAGAUGAAGCGGGAGAAUUUAAGAGAGCGAGACGAAAACAUUAAGACAGAAGAGGAGAAACUGAAGAAAUCCAUACUGAAAUAUAACAAGUUUUUGCAGGAAAAUGAUGCCAGACGGUUGCGUGCCGUAAAGAAAGCAGAAGCAGAGAGAGCUCAAAUCAGACUGAAAGAACUGGAGAUUCAGAAGCUAAAGGCAGAGAAUGACACCCUGCUGGCACGAAAAGAGAUACUGGAGGAUCGUGUCAGAAAAGCCAUAUGCUACCAAGAGUUCCUGGAGAGAGCCACAAUAAUGUCUGGAAAGUUUGAGAGCAUUGGUCAAGUCAUUGACCGUCUUCACACACUCCAGUCCAUCAACAAGGAACUUCUAGAAAGCCAAACUAGGUUAGAGAAGGAGAGAGAAAGCACAAAGCUGAAACUGAUACAGUACAUAAAUAAACUGCGAACUGUUCUCCUGCACUGUAACAACCAACUGCACCAGCAACAGACGCAGCUAGACAGCAUACGCUUAGAAGCAUACAAAUGGGAAUUAAAACUGAAGCACUUCCAUUCCACUGCAGCAAAAGAGACGCUCCAGUUUGCUCAGCUAAAGGCCACAAUCCGUAACAUUUAUCAGAUGAUCACACAUUACAGGAGAGUCUCUGUGGACACUGAGGACACCUUCAAGCAGCUGGAAAUGAUUCAGAAAUAUUUUCAGUUUAUGAGAGCUAUAGAUGAUGAACUGAAGUUCAACAUUAUAACAAGGCCGAAUCGAACUGAAGGGAAUGACAGCGGAGAUUAAGACCCAAGCUCUGUG